AUGAUGAUUGCUAUGAAGAACAUGCAGUAUGAAGAUGCUAUCGAGCUUCUUAAUUCAAGACGUACCAGGGCACAGCCGAGGCUGAACCAAAUGAGAGGUUCGGACGAUAUGACCAAAUGGUUGAAAUUACUCGGUUAUUCUCAAACCCACCUAGAAACGUUGAACGUCAUUCAUGUAGCCGGCACCAAUGGGAAAGGUAGCACCUGCGCAUACAUUUCGUCCAUACUCCGGAGCCUCGGGUGCAAGGUCGGCCUCUAUACUUCACCACAUCUUCUAAGCAUACGCGAGAGGAUUCGCAUCAAUGGCAAGCCGAUAGAGGAAGACGCCUUUGCGAGUGCUUUUUUCGAAAUAUGGGAUAAAUUGCCACGUGAGGCUAGUGCCGACAUGGACAUCCCCCGAUACCUCCAGCUUUUGACCCUUCUCUCUUUCCAUGUCUUUCUCAAGGAAAAGGUUCACGUUGCAGUCUAUGAGCCACACAUGGGUGGCGAGUUCGAUGCGACGAAUGUCGUAUCAUCACCCGUAGUGACAGCGGUGACUCGAAUAGCUAAAGACCAUGUCAGAUACCUCGGUCCCGAAAUUGAAGACAUCGCUUGGCAUAAAGCAGGCAUCUUCAAGUCCCGCUGUCCGGCGAUCUCAUCGCCCCAAGAGGAAAAUGUUGCUAGGUCUCUUCGGCAACGUGCAAUCGAGAAAAAUGUGCCGCUGUCAUUUGUUGAGCCUGAUUUAUCACUGUCGUUUGUUGAGCCUGAUUCAUCACUCUCUGAAUUUCAGAAGGAAAACUGCUCAGUUGCCAUAGCAGUAGCCCAGGAAUGGACAUCACAUAGGAUGCCUGAAGAGUUGACGAACCUGGAUAGAUAUAUCAAGGAUGGCAUCCAGAAAUUUGACUGGCCUGGCCGUUACCAGCAGAUCGAAGUAGGCAAUUACAGAUGGUUGCUUGACGGUGCUCACAAUGAAUUAGGGCUGUCCACUGCGGUGUCAUGGUUGGCCAAAAUGAGCAAAGAGAAAAGUGCCAACAACUACUCCAUGAGGAUGGUCAUCUUCAGCCAUUUCUCAGAUCGUGACGGCGUCGAACUCUUACGUGUUAUCAAUGAAUCCCUCGUUGGGGAGAGUCUCGAAAUAGAUCACAUGAUACUGACUACAUACAAUGAAAGACAGGACGGGCAGACAAGGAUCGACAGAAACCUCAAGUCCAGAUCUUCAGUGGCAAAGUUAGAAGAGUACGCGCGCGCCUGGAGAGAAUACGAACCUAGGACCAUGGUAUACUGUGAAGGGACAAUUGAAGGUGCCCUGGAGAGAGCUCGUAUGAUUGGUCAGACUUCUAAAUUGGCCCACGUUUUGAUAACGGGAAGCUUGCAUUUAGUGAGCGGUGCGUUGAGAAUUCUUGAGACCAAAGGGAACUGA